GAGCACAAGGCGGCCAUGGAGAUUUACCAAGGCGGAGACAGGAAGGCGAGCGUGCACGACUUUUGGCAGUUCAAUGUUACUUUUUCAUAUUUUGCUCCACACUACCGUUGUUGGGUCGGCCCCAAAAGCCCACGAGAAGUGAGGUCUGAGGAAGUGAUAGAGAGAGAAGAGAUGGAGGUGGCGGCGGCGGCGGCGUUGGAGGUGGAGGUGGGGCUAGGGGAGGCGGCGAAGACAUUCCGGCUGGAGAAGGCGGUGUGCAGCCACGGGCUGUUCAUGACGUGCCCCAACCGCUGGGACCCGCUCUCCCUCUCCCUCUCUCGCCUCCUCCGCCUCCCCCACGGUGACGUCCCCGUCGUGGUCCGCAUCUCCCACCCUCCUCGCUCCGCCUCCCUCCGCCUCCUCGUCCGCGGCGUCUCCGCCCUCUCUCCCUCCCAGCACCGCUCCCUCCUGGGGCAGGUGAGGCGGAUGCUGCGGCUGUCGGACGAGGACGAGAGGAAGGCGAGGGAGUUCGAGAAGAUGUGCGGAGCCAUGGGGGAAGCCCCCGAUUGCGUGAGGGAGUUCGGGGGGAGAGUCUUCAGGUCUCCCACUCUGUUCGAGGACAUGGUCAAGUGCAUCCUCCUCUGCAACUGCCAGUGGUCGAGGACUUUGAGCAUGGCUCAAGCACUUUGCGAGCUGCAGCUUGAGCUGCAGCGUAACUCAUCUUGCACGGAAGAUACAGAUGGUAUUCGCAAUAAUGCCAAAGCCGUGGCUUCACAUUUGGCUCCGACAACACCUGCUGCAAAGGAGGCUAAGAGAAAAGGGGGCAGACGCAAGACUCAAACCAAUUUAAUGGCCAAGUUUGUAGACGUUACGACUGAAGCACAAGUAGAUACAAGCACAAGGAUGGAUGCCGUCAAAUUGGCUAUUGGCAUCCAUGAGAACGACCAAUUGACCUCAGGCUUAUCUUCUUCAGAUGGCUGUAGCUCACAUUGUGACCGCCAAUCUCGUCUGGCUUCUGAUGAAAUUUGUGAGACUUCUGAGGAAGCUCGAAAGCGAGGUGCAUGUCAAGAGCCUAUUGUGCAAAUUGCUCAUGUAGAAGAAUGCUGGUGGGAUGUGGUUGGAGACUUUCCUAGCCCGAGAGAACUAGCAAGCCUAGAUGAAGGUUUUCUGGCGAAACAUUGUAAUCUUGGUUAUAGAGCUGGUCGGAUUGUAAAGCUUUCUCGAGGUAUUGUUGAAGGCAGGAUAAACCUGAGUCAACUGGAAGAGAUUUGUGAUACACGGUGCUUGUCCAGUUAUGCUGAUCUAACAGAGAGGCUGAGGCAAAUCGAUGGUUUCGGUCCUUUCACAUGUGCCAAUGUGCUAAUGUGCAUGGGAUUCUACCAUGCCGUUCCAACUGAUUCUGAAACAAUCAGGCAUUUGAAGCAGGUCCACGGAAAAAAUUCUACCAUUCAAACUGCUCAAAGUGAUGUAGAGGAUAUCUACGGACGAUAUGCUCCAUUUCAGUUCCUCGCAUACUGGGCAGAGUUAUGGAACUUUUACGGGGAAAGAUUUGGGAAUCUAAGCGCGAUGCCUUUGUCAAGCUAUAAGUUGAUUACUGCCACCAAUAUGAAAGAGAAAGGAAGUCGCGGAAAAAAGAGGACAAAGCUAUCCUCAUGAAGCAUGGGCCCCUUAUUUUUGUUCCAUUUAUGGGACGGAGCGAGCUGUUCUUCAUCUGUAGGACCGUGCUGGUAGUUCUUCUCAUCCUUCUUAGCUUACAAUACGUAUUUAUAACCUCCAUGUCUAGCAUUUUUCUCAAACUGAGGUCUAUAUAAUUCCUCACUUCAUUCCCUCUACUUUUGCUAGCAAAUUCAUGUUCUCAACAUAUCAGGAAAAAUGUCGGGCAGGAUAGCCUGGUGAUCAAAUUCUUCGAAUGUCGAGACUUAUGUAGAUUGGACUGUCUUGUCCUAGAUGUUGAAAGGAACCGACAGAUUGACACAUUCUUAGCUUCAUUGAAUUGGCCAUGUCUCUUUGCUUA